UGGUGGGAAAAUGAAGAGGGUGUGUUGGUAUUUAUUAGGAGCGGGAAGUGUUUUUUUAUGAAUGUGGGUGUAGAUCUAGAGAUUGAUGGUUGCCGUUGGAUCAAGAUGCGAUUGAACGGAUAGAGAUAAUGAUCCGUGGCUCGUUAAGUGGGAUGUUCUUGAACGUCGAUUGAUUAGUUUGGACGGUUAGAUUCAUUUAUGAAAGUAGAUUUGCGGAUUAUGCACCUUUAGCGUCUUGGUGUUACUUUCGAUGUAAAUUUCCCAAAUGCUGGAUGCCUAUAGUAUUUAGGCUAAUUUUUUUAGAUAUGGUAUUGGGGUGAGUGUUAUGCUGGAAUAUGAUGAUUAUGGGUGAUUUACACUGUUAUGACGGCGCUGCGUUUUUGGAAUUUAGGGGGAAGAAAUCGGUGGCACCGAUUUGAAGUAGGAGAAAUCGGUGGCACCGAUUUGUGUUAGUGAGGGUUGAAAUCGGUGGAACCGAUUUGUGGAAGGGGGAGGCUGUUUGGUAUGAAAUCGGUGCCACCGAUUUGUGGUUGGUCCAAUUUUAAUUUAAUCGGGGUUCACCAAUCGGACCCACCGAUUUGGGUGUGCAGCGGUCGGUUCCUCCGAUUUCAAACCUUAGUCAAUACAAAAAGCGGAUGGUGGCCUCACAGAAGCCCCAUUUCUUCCUCUUCCGCUAAUGUUCAUCCUCUUCUCCUCCCUUCUCUUAUGUUCUCUGAUUCUUCUCUUUCAUUUUUGUAAAAAAAAAUUCUGUGAGGCUGGAAAUAGAUAGUGUUAUGGAUGAUAGAGUUGUAUUGAAGAUUUAUUACUACGGACAGAUCUUAUUACAAACAUACGAGGGAGUUCAAUUUGUGUGUGAAAAUCCAUUGGAUGUUGUUAUUCCGUUCACAUUGUCAUUUGAGGAGUUGAAAGGUGUGAUUUGUGAGAAGAUAGGCACGCAAAGAUGUAGGAGAAUUUCGUGUAUUUUGUACAGGUAUCCUUUACCUGUGUUUGGCGGGUUUGUUCAAUUUCAGACCAAGUAUGUGAUGGACGAAGCGAGUAUGCAGGAAAUGUUUUCAAUGUACAUGGAAAAUCGCCACCGAAUAUCGUGCAUCGAGUUAUAUAUUGAGUUUGAGCAAUCUGAAGCGGACCGUAACAUUGAGUUGGAAGAUUAUAAUAGUGAAAGCGAAGAUGAAUUUGAAAGUAACUAUGAGAUCGUCGGUCCAGGUGAGGACGAAGAAGCAGCUGUUGGCGCCAUGAACGCAGAUGUGGCGGAAGUUGCAAAUGCACUAGCAAACCCGCAUUCGUUUCAAGAGCCAUCUUUCAUGCGGUCGUUGGAUUUGGGGGCUAUGCACGCACCGGAGUUUCCGCAAUAUAUGAAUACAGCCCCUCCUGUUGUGGCGGAUGGUGAGUUCACAGUGGGGAUGGAAUUCAGCUUUGUCGAUAUGGUUUGA